UUUUCGAUUUGUGGUGAAGCCGUGUGUCGCGUUAUUUAUCAUGGCAUAGAAAAAUACACUGAUUAAAUCUUUGAUACAGAUCGAUUUAGUACUCUGUUUACAAUCGCGCGAUAUCAACGUUGACAUGUAAAUAGAUUGCGUAGUCGGAACGCAUACGGAAAGUGGUGAUAAAUGGCGAAAAAUAUAGUGCAUUUGUGUGUUGUGUGAUAGUGGAAAUGGAUCGUCGGUGUUCACAGUCGGUCCGGACGCUGGUUUUCGACGAUUCAGACUCUGAUCCGCCGAAAACUGGGCAGAAGAAGGAUUUGUCUUCUUCUGUGGUGCCGCCGUCGUUGAACCAGAGCGCUGAAGAUGCAGGCAAGGGGUCGCGGACCAGCAACCUCGUGCGCAUGCGCCGAUCAGCUCUCGGCAAGUCGGCGCCGACGUUGUCCGUCCACGUGAAAGAACAGUGCACUGUAUCGCGACGGCCGUCCCGCCUGCCGCCGCCGCCCCCGCACCACAGGCUUUCGCUCGUGGUCGGGUCCGGCAGAUGCAGCUCGCCAGGCACGGGCCCGCUGUCUCCGGCGGAGGGCGUCCGCUUCACGCACUCGCACCACCCGCACCCGCUGCACCAUGCGCUGCUGCAGUCCAGCGUGAAGCGCGGCAAGGAGCUGUGA